AUGCCAGACAUGUCGCUGGAGCAGCGGCAGCACGCUCUCUGUGCCGCCAUUGCACCGCUCGCCGUCGCCUCCCACCUCCUCGGCCUCGGUCUCGGCUACCUGCCUGGCAUCGCGAUCGCCCUCUCGCUGCUGCCGCUGCUGCGGCCGGCACUCACGAUUCCAAACGCGGUGACCGUGGCGCGGCUGGCGAUCCCGUGCCUGCACGCGAUCAGUCCUCUGGCCAGCCCGGCGGCGCGGCUGUCGGCGGGGCUGGCCUUUGUGGCGCUCGACUUUGUCGACGGCGCCCUCGCGCGGUGGCUUCGCCAGACGUCGAGGUCCGGCGCCGUGCUCGACGAGGAGGCGGACUCGUUUGGGACGCUCGUCGCGUCUGCCGAGAUGGUGCGCCGCGGCCUCGUCCCGCUCUGGCUCGCUGCGCACCAGGGCCUUGCGCACUACCUCUUCCUUCUCCUGCGGCUGCGGCUCUGCCCGCACUUCUCCUUCCACUUCCCGCUCGCUCGCUCUGUCGCGGGGGCGGGUGGCGCACCGAAGCGAGUGUCUACGCGCGUGUGGUGCGCGGAUGCGCUGUAG